AUGCCGCCUGUCGUUCCUCCAUCUGUUUGGUCGCUUACCGCUGAGUUGGACUGGUUGCCACAUGUGGCAUCAUUGCUAUCGCGGUGGACAGCUUGUGACGAAGAUGCCGUGAAGUUCUUAUCUCCACAACGCUCCCUUUAUCCAAUGCAAACGUACAAGAUCACGCUCAACCAGGCUGCUAUCGCAAGAACCCUUGGGUACUGGCACCCAGUUGCCGAUGCAGGCGCCACAGCACCUUUGGUUGCCCGUCGUUUAACUGUCCCUCCAACUGAGACAAGUGCUCAAUACGGUUCGCACGGCGACUUCUUACACCGCCUUGUUAUCCGGAACAUCCAUCCGAUAGAGCUCUGUAUAUCCAGACAACUUCAAGUCAAUGGUAAUCAGUCCAACUGA